AUGAAAACUUGAAAGAAAAUGAUUUGAAAGAGGGUAUAGGUAAACAUCUAAAAGGAAUUGCAAUGAAGAAAAGUUCCUCCAUUAUGACAUUGUGAAGUUUAACUAUGGUAUGGAGAAUAAGAACCCCUUGGAAAAAGUACGAUUUUAUACAAAAGAUCAAUUGGAUGUGCCAAUAAGAUUGGCUAAAGACCAAGUUUCCUACGUACUGCCGGACGUUUUUCAAGAGUGCAGCAUACGCCUAUACUGUAAUAUUAAGAACAAAGAAAAAGACGACAUUGUCGAAAGUAUAACUAAAGCAUUUGGACAUUGGUGUCAGGAAAAGGGUUAUCCUUUACCACAGGACAAACAUCAUCAAACAAAACCAAAAACAAGAGCGUCGAACGAACUGGAAGAAUCAGAAACACAGGGAAUCUUAUAUGAACGUACACAUAGCCCCGAACCUGCUUCAAACGAACUGGAAGGCCCAGAAACACAGCGACGAUCAGAUGAACCUGUACCUAUACCCUUACCAGAACCUGCAUCAGGUCAAACAAGUCUAGAUCAGCCAUUAUCAUAUGACGGAGAAGGGAUAGACGUACGAUCACAAACAACAGACCAGUAAAAGAUACUGAUACAUGUCAAAGUUUGAUGGAUAUACCUUCAACGACUUUUAUAUAAUUUCCGGUAUUUGAUACAGAACUGUUCGUUUGUACGAUAUGCUAUCAUGGUAUAUAUUCAUCAACUAAACUAUGGAUUACAUUAUCACUUCAAACAAUGUGUUUCAUCAUGAUUUGUAGAACAAUUUGUAGCCUCAUUACACUUGAGUCGAUGACCCUUUCCUGUUUAAAUUAUAACGUUACGCUUGAGAGACUCAGUGUUUUGUUGUUGUUGUUCUUCUAAUAUACAUUUUGUCAUUUUAUUAACUUAUAUAUGAAUAAGGGUUAUUGCACUUUUUUCAUGCAUUAAAAUCUGUAGAAAAUGGACGGAUUUAUUUCCGAGGGCUUCCGCAGAUGUAAAUGCGUACAAAUAGACGAAUAAGCCCGCGUUUUGUCUAAUUCAUUUUUUUUAUUUUUAAGUUUUCAUACUGGUUUUCAUUUUCUUCUGCGUUGUGAUUUGACAGUGAUGUUUUGAUACUUUUGUCACUUCCGGGACCGUUAUUUUAAGUAAACUAGUUGUACAUGACGUCAUAAACCACGUAAAAAGGUGCUUCAUCGGCACUAGCUCGCUUGGUUUUAAUUCUUUUGUACCCUGUUAAUGUAUAUCCACACUUUUUAAUGAAAGAAUACAUGUUUUCACUGUACAAUUUUCAUCAACAGCUUUAACCACUAGGUCGCACAUUUUGACUAAUUAUUAUCUCGAAAGGUAAAUAAUUAGAUGGAAUUUAAAGGUAUGUUCUUAAUCGUUUACAUUGUGCAACAUGUUUGGUAAUGUAAUCAAAUUCUAAAAGACCUUUUCGCUUGUUACUAUCCAUUGGCAGUAUCAGACUUAGGUGUUCAUACAUUUUAUUUAUUUGAGACAUCACACGGAGCUACACAAUUUAUCGGAAUGUGCAAAAUGAGCGUCAUGAUGGACAAUCGGUUCUAAUGUUUUUUUGCGAAUUUAAAGAAACAUAAUCAUUGGAAACUUUAGAUAACCUUGUGUCAUGUGACAACGUUAAGGCAUUUACAGCAAGAUAGUACUAUAAUGUAAUUGUUUAUAUUUUAUCGUUAAGUGUUUUUUUUACAUAUUAAAUACUUCUGAAAAUUAUGACUUUGAUUUAUUCUUACUGGCAACAUAGAUACACA